AUGAUGAAGUUGAUGAUUUGGAAGUUACUGGUAAUGGUGAACAAAUUGAAGACUGUAAAAUAUCAUCUAUGCCACUUUGCUCCGCAAAAGAAUACACUUCCCGUGUAUUAGUCCCACUUGAUCUCCUCGAAAUCAUGUCUUAA